AUGCUACAUCCUGAAUCCACAGAAAUUUCCUUCAAAUUAAACAACGGUGUUAGUGUACCGGCCUUAGGGUUAGGUACUGCAUCCCCAGCCGACAGAUUUGUUGAUACCAAGGAGGCUGUUAAAGCUGCUAUCAAAGCCGGUUAUAGACAUAUUGAUACAGCUUGGUGUUAUGGUACAGAACCAUACAUAGGUGAGGCACUAAGGGAAUUAUUUCAGGAAGGAGAAAUCAAGAGAAGUGACGUCUUUAUCACUACUAAGGUUUGGCCUGUCUAUUGGGACAAAGUGAGCCAAUCGUUAGACGAGUCACUCGAAAGACUAGGAAUUGAUUAUGUUGAUAUGUUUUUACAUCAUUGGCCUUUAUGCUAUGCCAAGGUCGAAGAUUUGGUCAGUGGUAUCAGUGAUUUGUCCAGGAAUCCAGUGGAUGCUUUAGGUAAACCAAUUUAUGAUCCAAAGGGUGAUUGGUUACAAACAUAUAAGGAUAUGGAGAAAAUAUAUUUAGAUCCAUCAGACCACAGAGUUAGAUCCAUCGGUGUUUCUAAUUAUCCAAUCGAGUACCUUCAAAUUGUGCUGGACCAAUGCACUGUUAAGCCGGUGGUCAAUCAAGUGGAAAUGCAUCCUCGUUUACCUCAAUUGGAAAUGAACAAGUUUUGUCAUGACAAUGAUAUUUUGCUAACCGCUUAUUCACCAUUGGGUUCCAAUGGUGCUCCAAACCUCAAAAUUCCAUUAGUUCAGGAAUUAUCUAAGAAAUAUAACGUUUCUGCUAAUGAUAUUUUGAUAUCUUACCAUAUUAGAAAAGGUAACAUCGUUAUUCCAAGAUCACUGAACCCUCAAAGAUUAGCUAAUAAUGUUGGCUUUGUUUGUUUAAAUGAAGGUGAUCUCCAAGCUUUGGAUAACGUCGGUAAGAUCAACCCUUACAGAUACAUAGAUGAAGAUUUUGCCGCUAUUGUUCCUGGUUUUACUGGAAGAGAUAAAGUUGUCGGUUAG